GGAGGGCCUCGAUGAAUGCCUAAUAAGCUUUGUGUAGGGGGUUCAGUUCCUGAAUCGAUUAAGUUCCUCAGUAACCCUUUACACCACCGCUCACGUGAUGGAUGAAAUAUCUGACUAGGGGUAUUGGGGGCAUAAUAAAGAAAGAAAUUGGACUGAAUUGUCCUAGACUAUGAAAAGCCAUAUGUGAACCAUAAGACCACUUUAGCUUAAUUAUCCAACUACCUCCAAGAGACAUUAUAUCAAGACAUAUCCAAAAUCAUUAGUAGAGAACCUUAACGCAAACAUUACAAAUUAAGAUGACGAACCCUCAUGGUUGUCCCGAGUGUGGGAAAAGAUUCAGCUGUCUUGGAGAUAUUAAAGAACACAUGAUUGUGCAUACAGGGUAUAAACCUCAUGAGUGUGCAGAGUGUGGGAAAAGAUUCAAUCAACUUGGACAUGUACAGCAGCACAUGCUUAUGCAUACAG